CUUCUGGAUAAGUCAUUCAUGUUAGGUGGUCUUGCUCUUCGUGUUUAAGCCUUUCGUCCUGUGACAUAAUACAUACGUUGUCGUCCGACCUCCAUGUGCACGGACAAUGGCUUUCCAUGCAUUGCGUGGUAUGCAUGUCAACCACUAUCUCUCCCUAGACACACUUCCACUGUCUGAUGCUCAAUUCUACUACGAAUUUGGCCUCGCAGAACUCAUAGACCUCUCAACCUACCAUCAGCCAAUGCACUGGCAUUUGGUCGCCUUUUCGAGUACGCCUCCUCCAGAGUGACUCCUCGUACUGCGACAAUCCUCCGACGAAACCCGACACUACAGACAGGAUAAGAAUGGCCGUGAAUCCACUUGUCAACCUCCUCGUUGAAGUGUCUUACAGUAGCCUUCAUUCAGCUGUUUCCGACUCAUGAGCACCACGCGGCUGCCAUCCGACGAGUCACGUGGUGCAGGGAGACGCCGCGUGAAGUUUGUAUUGGCAGGGAGGCUGAGCUGCUGUCGCCAGCGAGCCCCUUCAUCUUCGGACUCGUUGCGGUUCUGACCAAGAUCCACGACAACUCCGAAUCUCGUUAGACUUAAUUGCGGGGCUUCACGAAGAGCCUACAUCGGAUUAGUCAGGCAUUUACACAAGCUGCAGCUGCCUUCAGCAGACCUUGAGUUCGCCUUUGGCUCUCUGCUCGUUUUCCACAAUGUACACAACGCCCGAUACAUGCUGGCCAUUGGCAUGCGUCAACACCUCUGAGAAACAAAGUAAUCAGAAUAUCACUUUGGUGAAUCUGUUCUCACCGUCAAAAGCAACCUUCUUGAUUCGGCAAGAUUGGACGUUGUGAACCUCUUGGGACUCGGCAUUGUAUCCUGCAGGACACCAGACAGUAAGGGGCAUGAAAGAAGGAUACCCGAGACAUGUGUUCGCACCAGCCCGUUGAGAUAUCGCGAAGUUUGGAAGAAGCUGUUCAUCUCCGCCCACAAGCAGCACGCAGCGAAACGGGUCGGAGACCGACCGCACAGAUCCAGAGAGCUGGAGGCUCAGCUGGAAGGAACAUGGAUCAAAUGACUCUCUGAGCUGCUCCAUCGUCUCCUGCAUCAACCUUAUCUUGGCCUCGCACUCGCGCUGCUUGUUUCCGUGGUCGGGAUGAAUAGUUCGAGCGUGGAGUACACCGAGGGCAUCCUGCAGCCUGGCGUAGUUGUCCUCAAACUGCCGCAGCACCUCCAUCGACGGACCCGUGCCCUCAAACAUGCGGUAUUUGUCGGCAAUCGGGGCCAUGCGGUUGUUGAGCCGCUCCGCAUCGGCGAGCCAGUCGCCGCUGUAUGUGAGGUUCAGCUUGUCCUUGGUCUCGUCGAAGGUGGGCUUGAUGUCGUGAAGCCGCAGCGGGACACGAUACUCUCUAACGACGUUGCUGAGGGGUUGCUUGAUGUCCUUCCACGUCGGCUCCAAGCGCUGCGUGGUCUGAUUGAACUCCACAUCCAUCCGUUUCUCGACCACGAUCUGCUCGUUUGCAGCCAUUCGUGAUUUCAGCGCCUUGAUGAUGUCUUUGUUGGUCUUCUGGAUCGUGUUGAUGCUGCGCAGCAACUCGUCAUGCGAGCGGCGAGUAGGUGAUGGAUCCAUGGGUUGCGCUUGCUGAGGCCUGGGUAGGAAAGCCGCGAUGGGCGAAGGCUCUGGAGCAGGCUGCCGGCCUCCUCCGGUGUCCCCAGACAUCGAAACGGAG